AUGAAUUCAUAUAAAUCGGUGAAACUGUUUGAACCGAAAGAGUGGCCAAAAUUGAGUUCAAUUGUGUUCGACGACUCCCAAUACGAGGCCUACAAAACAGCGCUAAUGAAACGGUUUGUCUUAAUUCAAGGCCCGCCGGGAACUGGUAAGACAUACGUCGGUCUGAAGAUUGUUCAGACCCUUUACCACAAUCGUAUGGUUUGGAACAAUAAUCCCCGCAAUAUGAAGCCGAUUGUGAUUAUCUGCUACACUAACCACGCGUUGGACCAGUUCUUGGAGGGAAUGCUUGAGUUCACCACAAAUAUUGUCCGAAUCGGCGGCCGAUCGAAAAGCGAGAAACUGAUUGACAACACAUUGAGCGCCGUUCGGCUGAAGCGGAAGGACUUGUGUCCGCGAGAAUUGAAUUACAAAAUUGCGGUCACUUUUGGCAAAUUGGAAAGAAUGCACUUUGAGAUCACGACUCUUGACAAACAGAUCAACAAUUGUUGCGUCGAUUUAUUGAAUCCCGAAUUUUUCCUGAGAGAGAGUGGCGACAAGAAAUGGAUCAAAUGGCAGAUCAAAUCGUUGCUCACUAACUAUUCAAACGAGUUUGAUUUGGCGCUCAUUAAAUGGCUCACAGACUGCGAAUACAGCGACCAAAAUGACCGAAAAGCGGUGGUUCUGAAGCCAUUGAAUCGAUUCGAUGUGUUAUCACAAGUGGACGAAAAUGGCAACACAUGUCACAGAAUUGGCGGCGAUUCCAAUGUGGAGCUCGAUGUCGGCGAAGUGGACGUCAAACGCAUUCAGGAGUCGCGAGUCGUCGACAGAGAGAUGGAUAUUGAGCUGAAGACCGAAGCGGCCGCUGAAGACUCGCCGGGCGUCUGUAACACCAUAUUCUUGAGUAACAAGAAGUCAUUGAACGGCAUAUCGAGGAAAGUGAGGAACCGGUUGUUGAGCGAAAUGAGCGUUCAAUUGGUGUCCACUGAUGUGAUGACCAAUGGAGAGGCGUUCCGCAUAUCGGAUGUGACACAACUCUCGUACGUCGAUCGUUGGCGACUCUACCGGCUUUGGGUCAGAGAGUACACGACGUCCAGAAAGCGCCGUUUGGAUGCCAUCCAAGCGCUGUACGAAUCGGAACUGCCGUUCCUGAAGAACCUAUUCCUACAGAAGGACUUGCAUCUGAUCGGAGGCAUCGCCAUCGUAGGCAUGACUACUACCGGCGCCUCUAAAUUCAGACCCAUUCUCGAGGCCAUCGAUCCGCAGAUAGUUGUCGUGGAAGAGGCGGCAGAAGUGAUGGAGAGUCAUAUCGUUACGUCAUUGACGAAGAAUACCGAGCAUCUGAUCCUAAUCGGCGAUCACCGGCAACUGCGACCACAAUCGGCCGUUUGGGAGCUCAGCAAACGCUACAAUUUGGAUGUGUCUCUGUUUGAGCGAAUGAUACUCAACGGUAUGCCAUUCCAUCAGUUGAGACUUCAGCACCGCAUGAGACCCGAAAUAUGCAAACUCUUGGUUCCGUAUAUUUACAGUCGGCUCGACGACCACGAUAUUGUCCGCCAUUACGACGACGUGACCGGCGUUAAACGCAAUCUGUAUUUCAUUAAUCACACGAAUCGCGAGUCGGGAAGCGGCGAACGGAUGAGCAGAUUGAACGAGUUUGAGGCCAAAUUCAUCAUACGAUUGGCUAAACACCUGAUGUACCAGAACUACGACAAGACUCAGAUAACAAUACUGACGCCAUACUCGUCGCAGUAUCUGCUAAUCAACCGUCUGUUGAGAGCGGACUCCAUGUUUGAGGGCAUGAGGGCCUGCAUUGUGGACAACUAUCAGGGCGAAGAGAAUGAGCUGAUCCUCCUGUCGUUCGUGCGGAGCAAUGACCAGAACGAGAUCGGUUUCCUGCGAACCGUCAAUCGGGUCAAUGUGGCCCUCUCUCGGGCCAAACGCGGCCUCUACUGUGUCGGCAAUUUUGACCAUUUCAUCAAAAGCAGUGAUCUUUGGUCUCAACUCAUGAUUUACGUGAGCAAAGCGGACGCAAUCGGCCGCUCAUUACAGCUCUGUUGCCCGAAUCACCCGAACGGCGACGAUAUCUGCGUGGAAACGGUGGCCGACUUCGACCGCAAGUCGCCGUUUGGCGGCUGUACUCAGAGUUACGCUCACGACUUGCCCUGCGGUCACGCGUGUCCUCAACACGUUUGUCACGUUAGCCAUCAAUUCAUCAGAUGUCAGAUCCAUUGCAAGCAACCGCUGAAAUGCGGACACAUUUGUCCAAAUAAAUGCCAUUUUCCCGAUGACUGUCCGCCUUGUGUUGUAUUAGUGCCCAAAGUUGUGCCAAAAUGUGGUCAUGAAGUGGAAGAGCUUUGUUCGGGCGACGGGUUCUGUUACUAUCCCUGCGAUAAGACCCUCGAGUGCGGCCAUCAGUGCGACAACGCGUGCGGCGAAGACUGUCAGACAGCGUGUACUGUGGAACUGAUGAAAACUGUGGAAGGUUGUGGUCAUUCACUUUUGUUCCAGUGUUCCCGAAGUGCCGUAUGUUAUCGAUUGUGUGGCAAACCGUUGUCGUGCGGACACGAGUGCUCUCUGAGCUGUCCCGAGCCUUGCGACGAAAGCAAAUGUAUGGUAACUGUUAGGCGAAGAUUCGAGAGUUGCGGACACGAAGUGGUGAUGCUUUGCUCCCAAAAGUUGGAGUCAAUUGAAUGCCAAGAGAUUAUGGACGUAGAGCUCGACUGCGGCCACGUCUACGCCAUUUCGUGCAAUAAGAAGAAGUAUUUCAGCAAAUCGAUCGACAAUUGCAGUCAGAAAUGCGACACUCAAUUGGUUUGUGGCCACCGAUGCGAAGGCACAUGCGUUCAGUGCAAUCAAAGCCGACUACACGUCAAGUGCGACAAAGUAUGCGAAAAAAUGUUGAUUUGUGGCCAUAAAUGCGAGAGUGUUUGCGGCGACAACUGUCCGCCAUGUGAUCAGAUUUGUCACAACAGUUGCCGCCAUCAGUCAUGUGUUCACACAUGCGGUCAGCCCUGCAUCCGGUGCCCGAAAGCGUGUCAGUGGAGGUGUGAACACAAGUCAUGUCGAAAGCGGUGUUACGAGCCGUGCGAUCGCGACUACUGUCCGCUGGCCUGUCAGAAGCGCUUGCAAUGUGGCCACAAAUGCAUAGGUCUUUGCGGCGAAAUAUGUCCCGAUUUGUGUCUUACUUGCGACAAAUGGCGAGCGAAUGACUACUUGUAUGGCAUCGAAGAAUUGUUUGAAUUGAAUAAAAAGAAUCUGUGUUUGAAUGACCAGAAUCUGCCGAAACAGAACCAAUUGAAUGAAUUGAUACUUUUGUCCCAAAAGUCUUUGCCAAACAAUCGCAUCGUUCGGCCAAUGAUUGCCCAACUGUUACAAGACUUGCAAUCGGCGACACAAAUCGACGGCGUAUAUGGAAUCCUAUCGCGGGAACAGUUGUUUGCCAUCGAAAACAAGUUACUUGUCAUCAAGUAUCUGAUGGAAACCAUGAAAGAGCUUCACGUGAACGGACAGCACAUCACCGACAACUUCGCGGCCAUAGAAAUGCCGCAACUCUUCCGACGGAUGAGAAAGUUUCUCAAAUUUAUUGGCACUGAUUUUGUCAACACUGGCCAACAGAUCCACGACUGCGGACUAGAGGUGCGCUUCUUCGCCGUCUUUGGCCAACUGUUGCUCUCCUUGAAGGACGUCGUGUCGGACACCGAUAUAAAGGCUUUGACCGUUUAA